UGUAUGGUCCGAAGUGUAACGAAAUGGAAUCCCGACUUCAUAGUGAGCAUUGUAGUUUCGACUUUCGAGUAGCUUUUAAUUAUGCUUCUCUUUAAAGUCUAAGCUGGUUAAGCUCUACGCAGUACGAAGGCAAGCAAUCAAGCAUAUUACUGCUCGCAAGUCGCAAUUACAUGAGUUAUUGUUUCCGGCAAUUAAUGGUGUUAUCGAAGCAGUUUGUUUGAUUGAGGUCUCUCGAAGGAAUUUCUGGUUGUUGAGCUGACGACGGAAGACUAUUCUAUUACCUGUUGUCACUCGAUACAUACUGCGGCAUUUGCAGCUUGUUCUGGUUUUUUCUGAGUGUAGUUUGUACAGUGACCAGUAGCAUGGGUGAAGGUAGGCUAAGGAAGCCUGAGAGCCGUAGGGGGAACUACAGUAAAGAUGCCGUGACGAGGAGUGAACUGUGGAUUGAUGGAUUGAUUUGUGCUUUUGAAUUUGUAAAAGGACAAAGCAAAGCAGGCAGGACGAGAUCUUAUUCCAAAGCUGUAUCUCGUUCUGAGACUGAUGAUAGGGAUGGUAAAACUCAAGCAUGCAGUUAUGGAAGGCAUAAUGAGGCUAAUGCUCAAAGUUCCAAUGGGGAGAGUUUACUGGAGUCUGCCUCUCUUAUUGAGCCGGGAAAUCAGGAGAAUACCCCUGGGGAUGAGACUUAUAGUCAGUGCUCUCAACUUCAUGCCAUGGAUAGUCUUGCCGGAAGCCGUUGGGUUCCUAUUGGUUGGGCUAGAAUUUCAGAACUUGUCCAGAAGGUACAGGUGGAUGCUGGGUUUUCGAGUCAGCAGUUUGAUUUCAGGGACGGUGAAGAUGACCUCACUGUUGCUGAUGUAGCUGCUCCUUACUGGGAACGUCCAGGAGGGCCUAUAUGGUGGUGUCAUGUUGCUGCUGGUCAUCCUUUUGUGGAUUCAUGGCUUACCAAUGCUGAUUGGCUGCAUCCUGCAAUCAGCAAUGCUUUAAGAGAUGAGAGCCGGCUGAUUAGUGAAAAGAUGAAACAUCUACUUUAUGAGGUUCCAGUCAGGGUGGCUGGAGGGUUAUUAUUUGAGCUAUUGGGGCAAUCUGCUGGUGAUCCAUAUCAUGAUGAAGAUGACAUUCCUAUUGUACUUCGUUCUUUCCAAGUUCAGAACUUUCUAAUUACUGCUUUGCAUAUCAAAGGAUCAGCAAAAGGUGUGAAUGUUUUGGGAAUUACAGAAGUUCAGGAACUUCUUUUUGCUGGUUGUUAUAAUACACCAAGAACAGUACACGAGAUAAUUGCACAUUUAGCCAGCCGCCUAGCACGUUGGGAUGACAGAUUAUUUCGUAAAUCAAUAUUUGGUGUUGCUGAUGAAGUGGAAUUGAAGUUUGUGGACAGGAGGAACCAAGAAGAUCCAAAUCUAUUUGGUAUAAUCCUCAACCAGGAAAUCAGGAGAUUAUCAAGACAGGUUAUCAGAGUUAAGUGGUCGCUGCAUGCAAGGGAGGAGAUUGUUUUUGAGCUUCUCCAACAUUUGAGGGGGAGUGCAACAAGAAGUCUGCUGGAAGGAAUAAAAAAGAGUACAAGGGAGAUGAUCGAGGAGCAAGAAGCAGUCCGCGGGCGCUUAUUUACUAUUCAGGAUGUCAUGCAGAGCAAUGUUCGUGCAUGGUUGCAGGAUAGAAGCCUUACAGUUACCCAUAAUUUGGCAGUCUUCGGUGGAUGUGGCCUUGUUCUAACAAUCAUAACAGGGCUUUUUGGAAUCAAUGUGGAUGGAAUCCCAGGCGCUGAGAAUACGCCAUAUGCAUUCGGUCUGUUUACAGGAAUCCUUGUUUUUCUCGGCAUUUUGCUGAUUAUUGUCGGGUCGAUAUAUCUGGGGUUGAGAAAGCCCUUCAGGGAAGAGCAGGUUGAAGUCAGGAAGUUGGAAUUGCAAGAGCUAGUGAAGAUGUUUCAACACGAGGCUGAAACUCAUGCUCAGGUUCGUCAACCUCUUUCUCGACAUAACUUGCCCCCAACAGCUGCUGAUAGGUUUGCACAAAGAGCAGAUUUUGUUCUCAUCACUUAGCUUAUGGGGUAAGUGUCAAGCUAUUCAUGUGCAUUUGAUUCGAUGAAUAUUUGAAUUCGAUUUGAUUGUUGUCCAAUUGAGUUGAGUUCGAGUAGUUUGAACAACGAAUCUUACCAAAUUUGAGCAUCUUAGUAGUCAGUCUAAGUAGCCAACGUGCUCAAUCAAGUUUUUUAUACAUAUAUUAUAAAUGUAGCUAAUAUUAUUUGUAUACUCUGUAUUAUUAUA